UCUUUGCUAGCUUGGCGGCCAGCCUCUCGCGACCGAAUCGGAGCUGCUCUUCUUUCUCCAAAUGCGACUCGGUGCCCACUGGCAGGCUUCGACGGGACCAUGGCGGCACAAGCGACGGCCUGCUCGGGGCCCUAGUGUCGCCUUACAGUGGGAGGGAACCGAGAAAAAGGAGGGGGAACCAAGUAGGUGCGGUGCGAUGCUGAAGGACCAUCAGGAGCAUCAUUACCUCACACAGGAGGGAUGAAAGGAGACCAAAAGGGAGCAGAGCGUUUCUAAGCAACAGCGACAACUCACAAUGGGCUACAAGAUUCCCGGGGCAGCGAUGGACCGCGUGAGCCUGCUAUGGCGUCUGCGGCGUCGUGCCCGCCGCGGUGCCCUCUGCAUGGCGUUCUUCUGCAUUUCCAUGGCGCUGCUCUACGCCCUCUGCGCCGAGAACAGCGUGCCCGUCACCGACGCCAUUUUCGGCGUGCGGGCGCGGACCCGGGCCCAGCCUCGCACGCACACCGUCGUCAAGGUGCUGCGAGGUGGUGCCAAGCCCGCGUACGUGGAUCCCCAGAAGCUCCCGGGCGUUGUCCCCGGCGACCCCCGCCGCCCCAUACCCGUACUCUCCUCGCCCAACCGCACUUCUGAGCACCAGACCACCAAGCCAAAGCCCAGGGAGGUCGAGAGUUUCUUUGCGCGCAUGUUUCCGCAACCCUUCCUGCGGGCGCUGGACACCCUCUUCGGGGGCCGCCGGCGAGGCCAGCUGAGCGGCAAGGGCGGCGAUGCCGAGCUCUUUGGGCCCAACAGCCUUCUCGGGAAGGUGUGGAAUGAGCACAUGUCAAGUAGCAUGCUGGGAAACAGGCUGAAGAAGGUGGUGAACAACUAUCAGGCGAUGAACAAAUAUGGCGUCAAGCUCCCCGACGCGGCGGCCAUGGCCGGCAGGCCCACGUUGAGCGGGCCGGAGCUCCUGUGCCAGCUCCACGAGAAGGUGGCGUUGUCCACGCUGACGGCUGACCUGCCGCCUUUUUCCUCUCUGCCGUGGGCCUCGCAGCUGCCGUCUAAGCCGCUCACCUCCGACGUGGGGCCGUUCAAGAGCUGCGCCGUGGUGUCGUCCGCUGGCUCGCUCCGCGACUCGGGCCUCGGCAAAGAGAUAGAUGCCCACGAUGCCGUGCUGCGCUUCAACAGCGCCCCCACCGCCCGCUACGAGAAGGACGUCGGUUCCAAAACCACCAUCCGCCUCAUCAACUCACAAGUGAUGGCGUCUGAUGACCACCACUUCCUGUCCAGCUCGCUGUACAGCUCGGGUGUAUUGGUGGCCUGGGACCCCGCUCCCUUUUCCGCUGACCUCACACAGUGGUUCAACCACACCGACUACCCCAUCUUCACCCAGUACCAGCGCUACAGGCGGCUGCACCCUCAGCAGCCCUUCUACAUCCUACAGCCGCGCUUCAUCUGGCAGGUGUGGCAGCGAAUACAGGACAACAUGCCAGAGCCCAUCCAGAAGAACCCGCCCUCCUCUGGCAUGCUGGGUACAGUGCUGAUGAUGUCCAUAUGCGACGUGGUCCACGUGUACGAGUUCCUGCCGUCGCGCCGCAAGACGGAGCUGUGCCACUACUACCAGCGCUUCUACGACGCCGCCUGCACGCUGGGCGCCUACCACCCGCUGCUCUAUGAGAAGAACCUGGUCAAGCGUAUGAAUCAGGGACUCGACCGCGACAUUUACACACACGGGCGCGUCACGCUGCCUGGAUUCAGCAGUCUCAACUGCAAAACAACGCAUGCAGGUUGACGAGCAAACGAGAACAGACGCCGCGCUGGAACACACACUGGAGUUCAAUCCUAUAUAAUAGAUGUGCCUGCUGAAAACAUGUGUAAUAUACACUAUAUCCUUAAUAGGGUUGCAAAAUUCGGGAAAUUUUCAGUUGGAAACUUUCCAUUGGAAUAAAAGGGACUAAACCAGGAAUUUAUACAAUUGAAAGUUGGCCCUUCAUAGGGAACUUAAAUAUAAAUAAAAAUAUUAGAAAUGAAUAUGAGUAUAUCAUAUAAUACGUACAUAUAUACGUCGCAGAUCGAGUCAAGUGGGCAAAAAAUAAGAUAAAAUGAAGCAAUUACCUAACUCAUUCACUGCCAGCCAUUUUUAAAGCAGAACGCCCUAUAUUGCUAGCAGUUUGAGAGCAUUCUUACUGAUCUUUCAAGACCCACAGAUUAUUGGGCUCUGUGACAAUAUUAGCACAAAACCCACCCCAAAAAAGAGUAGACGCUUCUUUCAAGAAGAAAAAAAAGUUUGUUUCUAGCGUUUUCUGUUCUUUAGUAAUCAGCAGUCCAACAUUUCUGAUUUCUGACCAAAAAGCAGGGAGCUUUUUGUGAAUCGAAACGUGUCAAGCAGAACAGUGACUAUGACGCUAAUAUUUUUUUGCUUUUGUGAGGCCUCAAACUUUUAAACAACAAAAACAAGACUGAAAAAGGGCUUUUGAUGGGGAAAUCAUUAUUUACAGAUGGUACAGAAAUGCACCUUGUGUGUCGCUGACUCACCGGAGGGCUUUUUUAAAGCGAGUUUGUUAUUCACUCCAUUAACUGUCAUCUUUUCGCCAGAUCGUGACACACACUUUCUAGUACUUACUGCGACUUAUACUCUGUUUAUACGAUUUACUGUAUAUACAUACUCUGUUCGAGUGUGAGGUACCUGAACUUGUUUGACUUUCGUGUUGGGAUUUCUCUCCCUCGUUAACCAACGUGGCAAGCCGAGAUUCACGCCCUGAUCUAUCUUCAACUCAAAAGCCGUGCUGAUCUCAAAUCCGAAGCGAAUCUUCCGAAUCUUCAAAUCUGUUAGUAAUUACAGUGGUUUACAAACCUUAAUUUCACAGACAAGCUGGGUCUUCUAUGCCAACUCUUUGAAAAAACGUACUUGACAAAUAGCAGAAACAGUUGGAUUGACAAAUAUAAAUGUCCUCGCAUGUGGGCAAGGACAGCUUUCUAUUUUGCAUGGAUGUCUGUUUAUGAUGAAACUGUUUCUAUUUAUGCUUGCAUGUAAUACCUUAUCAUUGAAUUACUGUCAAUUCCCAGUUAUCCUCAUGGAAAGUUUCCACUUUGCAAUAUCUCCAAAACCAGAAAGUUUCCGUCCCUUUGUAACUAAUCCUUAAUGGAAAAGAAACUUUAGACAAAAUAGUACACAUCAUCUCAAGGAAAGAAAAAGGCAAAACGGGCAGUUUGCUACGUCCAGUUGUAGCAUACUUGAUAACUGAUCAUUUUGGCGGGCUGAAUGUCUUCAAUUUGCACAACUCGACGUAUUUUUUUAAUGGGCACUAAUUGCAUCUCAUAUUAAUUAUUUGAAUAGUUACAUCAAGUUCAGUUAGGAGUGAGCACAGGUCUUAAAAGGAGAUGUUUUUUCAGUUUUUUUUCCUCCCCACAAUUUAAAGGAUUUCCCAGGAGUUAGUAACUUGAAACAUGAAAUACAUUUCUUUUUUAAAAAAUUUUCCACGAAACUUUACACACUCACUGAAUUUGUCUCAUGCAAGUGAGGCACUACUCACCUUGUAUACUACUCAGUCAAAGAUGAGUCCUGCUUUUAUUACCAUGACGAUCAGGGGCGGGGCCAGGGUUUGCGAUGAACCAAACGGCUUGCAUGUGCCAAAGUGUUAUCCUGAGUGUGAAAAAAAUUGAGCGCCCAUAAAUAAAACAGAUUUUCAUUUUCACUUGUGGAGGCAGCACUUCAUACACUACACAUUAUACACGUGUCAAUUCCUGUGCUGAUCUGUACAUGUGUCGCAUGCGGCAGACAUACCGCCAAACGAAAAUUACCCCCCCACGUCACCGAACCAUCAAGUAUGUGCCACUUAUCAGAAGCAAAUGCUGUUUAAUGCUAAUCUGUGCAACCUACAAAAAACUCAAUGCAGCUCUACUUCCCUACACUUGCAGGACAUUUUCAGAAAACAAAAGAUUGACUUGGUUGUUUAACUGCACACUUGAUAGUAGGCAGGCACCCCAGAGACCCAGCUGUUUGUAUACGAGCUAUCAAAAAGUCAGUUUCUCAUAAUGUGUCCGCUUUACGUCCCAAGCAUAUCCGUAUCCACUACAGACUUAAGUAAGCAUGAAUAUUGAUUGUUUUGUCAAGUUCACUUUGAGGCAAUUCCGGGUUGUCACUUUUACUUUGGAAGUCUUUCGUGUUUGAAAGGCAACUGAGGUUGUUUUGUCACCAGGCCUGAAUAUAUGGUUCGGUUCUGUUUACAGCCUCAUUUAUGAGGGCUUGAAAAGCACUUCUGAUGUCAGCAGUGUUAGGAACAGUUAGUCAUAGUGUCCAUACAUUCAUUUUCUAUAGUAGGGCUGUGGCUGAGUUGGAGCCUAUCCCAGCUGACUUUUGAUGAGAGAAGUACGGUACAGUAAGAUGGCGCCAAAAGCAAUAGUUUUAUAUUAGACUUUUAAAAUAUUAUAUUGAAUAACGGAGGAUCAGUUCCAAUAGGUGAAUCAGCGAGUCGCAAGGUACAUAUAGAAAAACUCCCAUUUACAUUUAAACUUAUUUAGAGUUGUCCAUGAACCCAACGUGUCUUUGGAAUGUGGGGGGAAAUCAGUUCCCCAGAGAACCCACUUAAGAACGGGAAGAUUCAAACUCAGAACUUUACAAGUGCGAGGCAGACGCGCAAUCCACUGUCUACAGUGCUGUCUGAGAGAGUAGUAACUGCUAUAGGAAAUUUCCCAUUCAAAUUUUCAGCUUGGAAAGCUCAUUAAAAAUUACUUUUAAAUUUAAAUUUUUAUGACAAUCUAACCGUAGAUGAUGCACCAAGGAGGAAACACUCAGUGUAUUUUUUUUAAUUUGAAAGUGAACGCUCUUAAAGACAAUAGAAGCAUUUUCACUUGAGGAGGCAGCCCUUCAUACACACCAUGCACUUGUCAGUUCGCAACGCAAAACACAAAUACUCCCCAACUUCCCCAACCAAUCAAGUAUGUACCGCUCAUAAAAAGCUACUACUGUUCGCUAAUGCUAAUCUGUGCAGCCAACAAAACAAUGCAGGUCUGCUUACCAAGUGGACAUUUACAUGAUAGUGUCAACCCCAGCACAUUGAUGCCAGAUGUUAACUAGUAGAAAUUCAAAGUAGUCCUACGAGUGAGGACAAAAAGUACAUGGGGCUGAAGCUGGAUAUCGAGGCUAUUGACAAAAUUUUCAAACAGCUUUACAUAAUGCUGUCACCUUUGUGGCGUGUUCAAGUGCAGCCUUUUUUUUUUUUUUCCAGGAAGAAACACAAAAGUCAAUGUCGGCCUGAUGUGACAAAGCUAAGCCAAAAUGGAGCUCAGUAGCAACUUUCAGUGACGGUUAUGAAAUGUGGAUUUUUAUGUAUUAUUCAGAGGAAAUCAGAGCGUAAAACAAUGUUUGUUUUUUGUUUUUUUGUCGAUUUCUAUGCUUGAGGCAAACAGCUGAAUAACUGAUGUCAGUGCAUUUCUGAGGGCAGCAUUUUAUCUCUCUCUAUGCAGCCACUCACCGCACCUUGCAUGCUUCAUUUCUGCUGCACUUUGCGGGGAGCCUCUUAGCUUUCUUUUACCUCAGAGUCGCACGUCCUCUAGUUUUGCCUUCCUAGUCCUCUAGAGGAUUCAUUGUUGCUUAUGUCAGGGGUGGGGAACCUGCGGCCCUGAAAAAAAAAAACAUUCCAUCCAACCCUCAUUCAAUUCUCCUAUGAAAGCACCAAAACAUUGAACCCAGAUAUCUUCAUAUUAUACAAUAAUGAACUUUUUUAAAUUUUAUUUUAUUUUUUUAAUCAUUGUAUCAUAUUUUUCAUAGAUUUAGUGUGGCCCUUGGGUGACUUCCCAGAAAUCCCCCACCCCUGGCUUAUGUUGUAUCAUGGUGUUUUGUUUGUUUUUUGAGAAUCGCUUUUACUUCCUUAUAAGAAACCCCACAGACUUUUGUUAAAUGGCAAAAAUUCUUGAUGUCCGUUUGGGUGUUUUCCAGGGGUUCGAAUCCCACGUAUGUGUUACGUUACGUUCUGUCUUUCAAUGUAGGAAACAUCAAGAAUAAACGUCACUGCGUAAAUAAUAAAGUAGAAUGUGGUAAAGGA